GCUCCACUUAAUACAAGCCUGCCUUUCCUCCCUGUAAUUUCAGACUAGUUUCUACCAAAAUGACAUUCUUCCUCAAAACCAUGAUUAGUGGGAAAAUGAAAGAUCUGGGAGUUGGUGGAGGAGGAGGAGGAGAAGAGACAACGACAGAGGAAGGAGAUGGAAAGCCAACUGCAAAAAGCACAGGAAUGACAAGGGAAGAGUUUGAGGAAUACCAGCGUCAGCUGCUGGAAGAAAAAAUCGAACGAGAUAAUGCAUUCACACAAAAAAAAGCAGAAAGGGCUACAGUUCGAUUACACAUGAGGGAGAAGUAUCGAUUACCACAUAGUGACAAGGAUGACAGUCAAAUACAGAUGGCUGGGGGAGAUGUGGAACUGCCUGAAGAGCUGGCAAAGAUGGUGCAAGAAGAUGAGGAUGAAGAAGAAGCUAAUGAUUCAUUUUUUGGGACCAUUCAAAACAUGGACUUUGACACCAUCAAGACCAAGGCCCAGGAAACAUUCACAGAAAUAAAGCAGACAGCUGAGGAAAAGUGUUCAGUGAUGUAACUCUCAUUACAUCUGUGACUUAGUGAAGUUCAGUCAGACGAGAUUUCCCCAUUAUCAUGACUGGUGUCACCCCACUUGUUCUCGUGAUACUGGAAGCAAUAGGGAUACAGGUUAACCAUGAAUUAGAUUAGGAGAUGGCAUAGUGCAGGAAAUAUGCCGACUGAUACAAGCAUGGGAUUCUAAUAUACCUAACUGAAAGAGAUACAAUACAUGCAAGCACCACCGGUGCCUGGUGAUUUACAGGCAUUUUAUUAACUGUCACAAGUGCAGAAAAUGAAAUGCUGAGUGAAAUAGAUACAGCACAGGGAAAUGCACUGACUGAUGAGGAGGCUAGGAAUUGGUGGAAGAUCUUGCUCGCUGGUUAAAUGUAGUGUCUAUUGCGGCAAAAGCACACCUCAGCCAGUAGAUCCAAGGUUUGAUUUCUGGUGUAUGCAGAGGCAAACAGUACACUAGUAUUAGACUGCAUUAGUGUCUCUUGCCUCAGGUCAGGAAAAAUCAGUCAUGGUCCACCUUAUGAUCUCUGAUCAGUUAGCUCUGCCGUGGAUUCUUGUAUUUAAUUUGUGGGAUGGGGCAUCCCUGGCACUGGCCAGAAUGUAUUGUCCAUCUCUAGUUGCCCUUGAAAAGGUAGAGCAUUGACCAUAUUAACUCUUUUUAGUAUCUUUAUGUAUUGACUUUGAGGUUUGUCUGAUUAUCUUGUCGUUUAUUCCUUGCAAGGACCUCAGAACAAUUAAACUGCUUAUUCCCUUAGAUUUUCCUCAAUCUUCUCUUCAUCCUUUCCUUCCUUCAUAACUCUUUAAACCCUGGCUUGACUUCGCCAAGCCACUAAUUUCUAAUUUAUCUCAGCUUUUCAAAUAUGGCUAUAAACCUUUGCCCUUCGCCUGGACUUCAAACAAUCCCUACAGUGUGGAAGCAGGCCAGUUGGCCCAUCAGUUCCAAAACAUACAUCUGAAGAGCAUCCCACCAAGACCCACCCUCCCUACUCUAUAAUCCUGCAUUUCCCAUGGCUAAUCCACCUAGUCCGCACAUCUUUGGACUGUGGGAGGAAACCAGAGCACCCCAGUGAAAUCUAUGCAGACACAGGGAAGAUGUGCAAACUCCACAUAGACAGUUGCCCAAGGGUGGGAUCAAACCCAGGUCCCUUGAUCUUGUGAGGCAACAGUGCUAAUCACUGAGCCACCAUGCCACCCUUUCUUUUUAAAGCUCUUCCUUAGCUCAGUAAGGAGACAAUCUUUGCAUGUCUAUGGAUAGACUCACCAGUCUAUCUCUGGGCCCUGAGUCUACUUACAGCCCAUAUUCAGAGAGAGAAGGUCUCCAACCUCUUUGGGUUCUACCUAAACUAAUUGUCCACCCUCAAUCUGGAUUAGAGUCGGAACACAAAAUGAUGUUACUCAGUGGGCUCAGGGCAGUGAGAGCAGGGAUUGAAGUAAAAGAUUUGGAGCAGUAGGAGCGGGGUCAGAUUGCAAGAUCUGGGCAAUGGGGCCACAUCAGUAGAGCCAGGUUUGUACUGUCAGGGCAGUGGGAGUGAGGCACUGGAGUUAAGGUAGGGUAGAGAAAGCCCUGUUUGGCCUUACAUUGAGAGCAAGCUCACUUCAGAAGGCUUUGACUGUGAGAAACUCUCUAGUACCAUCAUCCCUUCCCUUAAUUAAUGCAAAAGACAUAAAAAGGGUCAAAAAGUGAAUCUAUUGGGCAGAUUUCACACAAUGCAUUUACAACCCAGAGUCUUCAAUGUUAGUUCUCACAUGCUGAACUCAAAUGAUUCUAGGGAACGAUAACACUGAAAGCCAUUGAGCAUCUAUUGCUUUUGGUAUAAGAGACACUGUACCAGAUUACCUUCAUUCAGCAAUUUUGCAUGUAUAAAUUUUGUUUUUGCUUUGACUUUUUUCUCUCUACUUACUUUUGUGAAUACAGCAUAAGUAAACAACGUUUGUUCA